AUGUCUGCUGAAGAUAAUCAUUGGAAAUCAGCUACUUUUCGUCAAGGGGUAGUGGCAAAAAUAGAUGAUGCAGUUGCUAGAUCUGGUAUGCCCACAUCCAAAAAUAGUAUGGAAAUGGAAAAUCAUGUAUUUCAAAAAGCUAAAACAAAAGAAGAAUAUUUGGCAUUUGUAGCUCGAUUAAUAUUGCACAUUAGGGAAAUGAAAACAAAAAAUUCUAAUGCUAUUGGGGGAAGUGGAGUUUCUGGUCAAAUUGUCCCAGAUCCUAUCAAUGCAUUACAAACAUUGGCUCGUCAAGGAACAGGUAACAAUCAAAUUAUUAAUAUGACUCCUGGGGAAAUGCCUAAUGGGCCAGUAGGAAUAGUACGUCAAACUCCUCCACAAAAUGCUGCUACUAAUUGUUAUUGUUUAACUCUGCAAAUAAUAAGUAAUUUUAAAUUUUCAGUAUUGCAAACUUUAAAUCAAAGACCUUCUCCCAAUGCAAUGAUGGGUCUUCCUGGUGUUCAAAACAAAAUGGGUGGAAUUAAUAUGGUGCCAGUUCAACAACCUGGUGGAAUUAACCAAAUUCCAGUGCCAAACAUAGGUUCUCAAAUACAUCCUUCAAUGCAAGGGCAAUUGAACUCUCAAAUAAAUGUUCCCAUCGGUCCACAACUUCAUUCUCAAAUGAAUCAAAUUCAACAAAGAAAAGCAAAUGAGAUGAUAAUAGGCACUCAACCUGGAAGUUUCCUAGGAUCUCGUAAUGCUCCUCCAAACCAGUUUUUACGUCAGAGUCCAUCUCCUUCUGCUGUAUCUCCUGUUGGCGUUGGAAGUGUUGGUUCUAAUCAAAUGGCAGUUUCCCCAGCUCUUGUCUCAUCUCCAAGUGGUCCUCAAUUAACUCCAGUUAUGUCUGGUCCUCCGCGAUCAAAUGGAAUGGCCUCUUCUCCGAGUAAUUCUUUAAAUACUCCUGGUCAAUCUGUUCCAACUCCAAGUCCUGGUAACUUAUUAGAAGAACAGCAAUACAGAGAAAAAGUAAGACAGUUGAGUAAAUACAUAGAACCUCUGCGGAAAAUGAUAGCUAAAAUGGGCAAUGAUGACGUAGAAAAAUUAAGUAAAAUGAAGAAAUUACUUGAAAUCCUAUCAAAUCCUAGUAAGAGAAUGCCGCUGGAGACAUUAAGGAAAUGCGAAGUGGUUUUGGAAAAAUUAGACUUAAAAAGAGGAGAAGGGAGUGUGGGUUCACAUCCCGGUCACAUUUCUGCUCUUAAAGAAAUUCAUAAUCUAAAUCCUUUAUUAGAAGCUGUAAAUAAUUGUUUACAGACAUCAGUAAACAAUCAUACUCUACAAAGAACUUUUGGUCCGACUAUGGACACACUCUUCGGAACGGAAAUGAAAAUGUUGCCAACACCUCUUGAAAGAAAAGUUACGGAAGAUGUAAAGCAUGAUAUCCCUGAAGUGCUUCAGGGUGAAAUUGCACGUUUAGAUCAAAGAUUUAAAGUCAGCUUAGACAACAUUCAGCAACCUGGUUCGAAAAAUAUUAGAUUAAUUUGUUGGCUUGACGACAAGUAUUUACCAUGUGUACCUCCAAUUUCUAUUUCCAUCCCAGAAGACUAUCCUAAAAAUCCCCCGCGUUGCACAUUAUCCCAACAGGAAUAUAUGGCUACUGAUUUUUUAAUGGCGAUUCAUAAAGCUCUUAGUUUGAGAAUAAGAAAACUUCCAAACAAGUAUUCUUUAUCCCAACUUUUAGAUACCUGGGAAAUGAGUGUAAGGCAAGCUUCAGCUCCAUCACUUAAAGCUCCGUCUACUGCCUCGGUAUUAAUGGCGCUGUAG